AUGCAUAUCUCUCUGCUCGCCAUCUCUGUCCUUCUCGCCGUCCCCGCCGCUGCUAGCCGCUGGGUCGUCAACUGGGAGCAAGUCGUCGGCGCUACCUGCUGCUCCCGUGGGACCUGGUGGAAUGACGAUAUAAACAAGGGGUACUACGUCUCCAGCUUCGACGAGGGCUGCCACAGCGCCACCCAGGUCGAGGGCGUCAAGGAAUUCUGUAUCGACUGGGGCCACAAGCGCGGUCACUUCAUCAGGCUCACGGGCGAGAAGAAGUGCAUGCUCGAAAGGGAGACCACGGUCAUCGAAGAGAGCGACUUCCACGCCACGUACCAGACCGUCUUCAGCACUGGGGACUGCACGUGGUGA